CUCGGGAACGUGGUCCGAGAAAAGGAGACAAUUAAGGAGAUUUCGCCAGUGCGCAACCAAUAUAUUUUUACAACAGCUCCCGCCCGCCUGCCGACAGCAUCAAAAUCACAGCUGUCGCCGAGCAUUCAUUACACCUGCACGUACAAUUAUUGCAUUUUUUCUUCGCCCCGCUGUUCCUCCUGGCAUGCGAUAUCGUUGACGGUUAGCUAAGCACGCCCCUGGGCAAUCAUCAUGACCGCGGCAAUGACCAACAUCACACAUAUCAUGCUGAAGUCGUAUACUCCCCCGCGCGUUAAACGACUUAUAAACCCCAGCGGCGGUUCCUGCAACAUUGGCGAGAUUGACGAUACAACAGUGCUCAAAUAUCCCCGCAUAAAAGAAGACAUGAAGCGGGUCCAGAUCGAGGCUAAGAUGCUUGAAGUGCUAGGACCGCAUCCCCGCAUUGUCCAGUCCAAGGGCCUUACUGAGGACGGUUUGCUUCUCGAGUUUAUGCCAAAUGGAAACGUAUACGAUUACCUCUCUGUCCACCCCGACGUGCCUUUGCACCGGCGGCUGGCCUGGUGUGUCCAGGCUGCCGAGGCUGUGGCCUACAUUCAUUCACGGCGCGUUGUGCACUGCGAUAUACGCCACGACAACUUCCUUCUUGAUGCCAACCUCGAUCUUAAGCUCGCCGACUUUCAGGGUCAGCACUUCUCUCCGACCGGCGCUAUUGUCCUUGAUGGAGGCUCGUGCGAAUCUGCUAAGGCCUGGCUGCCUCGGCACCCUCCCGACCGCUGUAACGUGCGAACCGAUCUGUUUGCACUCGGCAGCGCCCUGCAAUUCCUCAUCACCGGCGCAGAGGUUUUCCCAGACCUGGUCCGUUCCUCCGAGACCGAUGACGACAUCAUGCGGUGGUUCCACGAAACCGAGCCCGAGAUCGAGCGGCGUUUCCGCGCCGGCGAGUUCCCCCCUGCCGACGAGCACGUGUGCGCUGCUGUCACGGCGCGAUGCUGGCGCCAGCUUUAUACAACAGCAGACCAGGUGGUGGCCGACCUCAAGGCUAUCCAGGCCGCCAUUGCACGUGGCGAAAGCCCCGAGACGUGUGUUGCCCUGCCAAAUGAGCAUGAUCAACCCUGUGGCGAGAGGUGGCUCUACGGGCUCUGCGAGGAGGGUGAGCACUUAGCGACGCCGCCUAGCCGCAAUCUGAUCGGCUUUUAGAGGGGCAGAGUUGGCAGUUGGGUAUCCAGUAAAGCCUUGGGAAACAUUGUGAGGACGGGCAGUUUGCGAAACGAUGUAACUUCAAAAGCUAGUGCCGGUUGAUAGGAACUGCUUUUAAAACCUGGACUGAAGCAGCCUUGAAUUCAAACCCCUAAUAGCUUAGGGGCGCAUACAUCGUCA